AUGUCUAGUAAAUGGGCAAUUUUAAAAAUAAAGCUAAUAUUUUAUUUCUUGCUACUUUGGAAAGAUACAUGUGAUGCAGUGUACAAUUUUAAAGUUAACCAAAAUUUAUUUAUAGAUAAAGAUCUGAAAAAUCACGUGAACAGAUCGCCUGUUGACAGUUAUGUUUUCUCAAAUAAUAUGCUUCAGCUAUCUUCACAAUUCCCAACCUUGUCACCAUAUGACUCACUUACACUAAUAUGGUCCUCAAUUUCUGGAACAAUAAAGCCAUUGACAAGAAGCCAAGGCGCACUAUUGAUACUAUUUUUAAUCAACCCAGCUUACAGAUUCUUAAUAGAUGAAAAUAAUGAAAACAAAAGUGAUUACUCCAUAGUCGAAAUCUUGGAGCAAAAUCUAUCAGCAGUAAUAUUUUGCCUAAUUCAAACUGAAAGAGAUGAGUCAGUGUGUGAUACAACAAUUGAUUUACUUCAAAAAUACCUGAGUAACAAAAUAAUGUAUGAUAUCACGGCUAGUUAUCGUUUAGGCUUUCCAUUAGAUAUACCAGCUAAAUUAGAGAGUAUUAAUGAGUUAUUAUCUAUUUUAAAAGGUAUGGAGCAUAAUGUGCUUGAUAAUUACUAUACUAGCCAAUUAAGUUUAUUUCCUACUCAAGAUCCAGAUGCAUUUAUCUUAUUUUUUUUCAAUACAAAAAGUAUCUUUGAGUUGUAUUAUAAAAUAAAACCGAUAAUAUCAUUCAAAGUUUUGAUACAAGAUAUUAGUACAUUUUUAGAUAUUCUCAAUAAGGACUGGGACCUCAAAAUUUUAAAUAAAAGGAGAAAUGUUCAGGAAUGGUUUUCGACAAAAGCUUCACCGUAUUACAGUAUAUUUAAAAGAAUUUUGGAAGAUCUGAAUAUUUUACAGAUAGAAAUUAAUAAAUACACAUACACUAUAAAUAUUGAGAAACUGAUACUUUUAACAGAGCUCAGAGUACUAUUAGAGUCAAUUGGAAACUUCUGUCAGACAUAUAUAAACUACAUUGAUCAAUUUGAAAGUUCUCAAAAUGAGAUUACAGUAGUAGAUAAAAAAUUAAAGAGCUUUUAUGAAUUAUUAACCACUUAUAGCAAAGAAAUUGCCAAAAAAUAUUCUCUUAUAUACUCUAAUUCUCGAGCUGCUGCUGAUAUAGGUGAGGGUUUACCACUAUCAAAAACCAAACACAAAGCCUUAUCAAGUGAAAAUUUGACAGAAAGUGAUUUGAAUCAGGAUAUAACUAGUGCCUUGCUUAAAACUAUUGCUAACUUCUUCAUUGAACAUGAAAAUAACCCUUUUAUACAAGAAAUGGUAUUAUUGAAGUGUCCAAUCACAAAGGGACCUUUUAAUGAAAAGUCUAUUUUUCUGAUUAAAGAAAAAUACUAUAAAAAAAUUGGGAAUUUGAUUAAAGAUUUAAGCUCUGUGUUGAUACUCAGUCGAAUGAACCUAGCAUCAAUGAUCUGUGGAGAACUUAAACAGCAGAUCACUAAAUUAGACAGAUCCAUUAAGAAGAUUCGUGCAUAUCUUUAUUUAUUAUAUCCAAGGGUCGGAAAAUCUCUAACCGAAAGUAUAUUCCCCUCUUUAGUUACUCAAAAUGGAGUAGAUAAAUAUGGAGAAAAAGUAAUCAUUUAUAACCCAGAUGACUCUUGCACAGUAAUUAGCCUAAAUAUAUUAGAUACUCACAUGCAUGAAAUAACACAUAUAUGUACAUUAGUAAAAGAUCAAGAAACUUUGACCAGAUCAGUAAUAAAUAAGAUUGCAUCUCAGAAAGUUAUUCACGAUAUUGGAACUAAGAUUAAACAAAUUUCUCAGUCGCAAAUAUUACAUGAGUUUCAUGAAUUAGCGAAUGAUAUUAAAGCAACAAAGUUUGGUCACUUUGUAACGGAAGUAGGAAAUACUUGGUCAUCGUCUUUUAAACAUUGGUAUCACCUACAUAGAAAGAGAUCUCAACUUAAAGGAUCUAGAAAAUUACUAAGGCAUGUAUUUUAUAUUUAUACAUCAACUUUAGAUAAUAUAAUAGUAUCCAAAAGACCAGAGUUCCAGCAAAUUCAACUAGCCACAGCCAAAUUAAAUACUAAGCAUAUUUGUCUACUAUCACAUGGUUAUUUUGGUUUUAUUGAUGCUUAUCUUCCCAAGAAUGAAAGAAUAUCCUAUAGCAAGCACGUUACUAAAGUUAUGGACAAAUACUUUAAUAAACCAGAUAUCUUCAUCAAUCAAGAAUUCCCAAUUACCGUUGGAAAUCUUAAAGAUCUCAACAUGCUUAUACAAGCUGAUCAAGUAAGAAAUAAAAUUGGAAACUUGAAUACCUAUACUGAAAAUAAAUAUGAUAUAACAAAAGUUAGUGAUUUUAAAAAUAAAGCACUUCCUUAUUUUGAAGGUAGAAAGACACAUUACGUUGUUGUUGGUACGGAUUUUUCAAAUUUUGCAUUGUGCAGGUGCUCGAUUAAUUCUAAAAAGCAAACUAAAAUGUUGCAAUUAUUUGUUGAAUUAUUAUAUCAAAUGCAAUAUACUGACUUGAAGGUAACAGGAUUUAAUAUGUUGUCAUACUCAUUAAAAAAGGCCAUAAGGCAAAUGUUGAUCAUAGUUGUGUUGAAUGAAUUUUCUAUUCACUUAUUACCAAAAAUAAAUAAAGAUGGUUAUCAGAGAUUUUAUAGUAUGAAUCACAGUAAACACAAAGCUUUGAAAAAGCGUGUAAGACAAUACAUACAAGAGCUGCAAAAUAAUUCUUACAAGCUUUCAGUUAUUAUGGAAGCACUAUAUACUACUAUCCUAACUGCCUUUAACCAUUUCAAAUAUGAUUCUGAGCUUAAUAUAUUAAGGACAUCUAUAAUGGGAGUAAUUAAAGAAAAAAGCAAUGAAUACCCUACUAGAGUAAGUGAGAUUAUGAGAAAAGUGACUUUAGAGAAAUUUAUUAAUAACUUCUACUUUGGGAGGAUUCGUCGAAAUUUUAACUCAUUGCAACACACUAUAUUAAAUAUGCUCAAUGCACAACAAAUUUUCAGUUUAGGCCAGUUACUCAAAACUGACAGGAAUAUCGAAGAUAUUGCCGAUAUUUCAACAAAGUUACACAAUUAUAUAGAAAUGAUAUAUCCAACUCAAAAUUGCAUCGGUAUAAGUGAAAAAAAACAAAGACUAGAUGCAUUUUUCGUUUUAUGUUAA